AUGGCAGAUAUUCCUACAUUUCGCAAUCUGUCUUUAGAGAGACAUGGGAACAUAUUCGUUCUCACCAUGCAGAAACCACCCGAGAACCGAUUGAACUCGUGGUAUUGUCAGGAAAUGAUUCGCGCCUAUCGGACCAUCGAAACACUUCUGGAGCCGAAUUCAGAGGGAGCUGUCAUUACAAGAGGCAAUGAUGCUAAAUUUUGGUGCACUGGAUUGGAGCUGGAUGAGUCCGACAAGAACCCAUUUGCCAACACGGAUGGAUUUUAUCCUCUCAUCCAUACGAUUCUCGACUUCCCAUUUCCAACCGUUGCUUUGCUAACAGGCCAUACAUUUGGUGGUGCUUGUCCAUUGGCAUUAGCCCACGAUUACCGUAUCAUGAACUCACGGAGAGGUUUUAUCUCAAUGCCCCCUGUCAACUUGGGCUUGCACUUUGAUGGGAUCGGAUCACUUCCCCGGCUCAAAUUGCGACCCCAGGUUGCACGUAAGAUGCUUCUUGAAGCACACAGGUGGACACCACAAGAAGCACUAGAAGAUGGCAUUGUGGACGCUAUUGCCGAGCCCGACCGUAUGCUGGAGGAAGCAUUGGAAAUCGCAGCUAAGUGGGCGCCUAAGGCGAAGAUGGGGGUGUAUGCUUUGCUAAGACAGGAGCUUUGGGGCGAGGCAAUUAAGAAGUUUCAGCGAAUAAGCUAUGUGCAUAGUCGAAUGACUUCAGCUCCUGCCAAAGUCAAGAUUUAA